AUGUUCAGGGUACCUCCGCUCCCGCUCCACCUCGACACCUACGAGGGAUGGCUACCGGCAGAGAGUAGUCCCAGAAUUGCAAAGGUCAGCAACAGCAUCUCGCCGGCCGACAUGUGGACUCACUUCAUCAGUCAACGCCGCCCAGUCAUUAUCGAUGGCCUGCUUCAAGAUCCAGAGUGGAACGCCUCCAGAUGGACCGAUCUGCAAUAUCUCAAGUCGGCUGCUGGCGACAUCCCCGUCAAGAUCGAGCCUGUCCAUCCCGAUGCAGGUCACUUUGGUACAUCCGUCAAAAGAAAGAAGGUCAAGUUCUCGGAGUUCCUCGACAUUCUCCAAGACACAGAAAGCGCCGGCAAGUGGUACCUGACCACCCAGUACGUCGAGGAAGGUGACGAGCAGCAGCAAGGCCCUCAAUCCUCAACAGUCAAGCCUACCAAGCUUGUCGAAGCCGAUUCUGAUGAGAGCGAUUACGAGCCCGAGAUGGACAACGUCCUUCCUGCGCCCACAAACGCACUCUCCAACGACUUUCCCGCGAAACCAGACCUCCUCGGCAACCUCGUCCUGCAACAGUGCAACUUGUGGCUGGGCAACAGCAAAGAGGGAAAGAGCUCGGGACUGCAUCACGACUUCCAUGACAACCUCUACAUCCUACUCUCCGGCUACAAGCGCUUUCUCCUCUUUCCUCCGUCAGCACAUCGCUAUCUCCAUCCUCGCGGCUUCGUCGACAGAGUGCAUCGCAAUGGGCUCAUUGUCUACACACCUCCUGGCGAGCUUCCUUCUUAUGUGCCCGUCCCCGGCCGCAAGUUGCAACUCCCCAUUCGUCCGGAUGGCCUCGUGCCCUCGGAUGCUGCGAGGUGGCGUCACAAAGCCCGUCUUCGAGUCAAACGCGAGAUCGACGAGCUCGCCGCUGCAGACGCUGGGGAAGGUUCCCGCUCCAAGAGCGAACGCAAGGGUAAAGCCAAACAGACCCGUCCCCAGGAGCUAGCUGAAGAGGCCCUACUCCAAGCAGAAGCUGAACUUCGCAUCUGUCUCAUGGACGAACAAGGCAUCGAUCCUGAAGCCGACACUUCGGACGACGACUUCGACUUCGAUCAAGAUAGCAAUCAGGGGCUCGACGAUCUCUUGAGCAGCCUCGUCCACUCCAAUGGCAAUCAACUCAACGCGUCGUCAGGAGAGGAAGAAUUUACCGAAGACCAAGUUGACGCUGACAGCGAUGAUGAUGACGACGAACAGGAGGACGAUGAUGAUGACGAUGACGAUGACGAUGAUCAAGCCCGUCGCUUGUUGGCAUCACUACCGGCCCCAGUCAAACACAUUGGAGUAGCCGCACUCGCCGGCGAUGCAGCUUCCAUCGUGCAGCUUCGCGCCUAUCUUGAAAGUGUCGCCGAAUCAGACCAUUCCGGCCAUGGCCAAGCGUCGUCUGCCGAGCAAGACGAGUCCUCGGGCGAAUCGGCUUCAGAGAAUGCUAACGAUCAAAGCCACUCAGAGGGCGAAGAGGAGACCCCAUCCGAGAAAGACGAACAUGACCCAGAUACGCCAUUGCCAGAGCCUGCUGCUUCCCACGGUCUCGCACUCAAGCGCAAAGAAGUGUCGUCUUCAUAUGAAUCCCACACGUCCGACCCCGAAGACGACCAGCAGGAGUCGGACACUGUCGAGUCAGACGACCUCCCUGCACCUGCAAAACGAGUUAAAAUCGCUUCUCGUGUAGAGCAGGUCCUCCACACCCCGGUGCGUUCUGCUUCUCGAGAUAGCGAGUCCGGCAGCGAAGACAUUUCUGAUCAUCCGCACGAGCUAAUUUCGAGCGAAGACGACGAGGAUUCGGACGAGCCAGGCUUCCUGCCCGCCGACUCCGGUUCCGAGUUUGGGGAUGUGGACGACGGUGAAGCUGAACUCGAAAAGCUCCUCGCAAUGGCUGGUCAGAAUGCCGAUGCUCUAGCCUCCCCUGAUGCUCCCGACAACGAGGAUGAAAACGAACCUCAGAGCUUCUCGCGCAUCCCACCCCACGUCUUGCACCGCUGCCUCGACAUUCCUGACGACCCUUCUCGCCCUAUGCCCAAGGAGGCAAAUGGCAACGCGCCGCAACGCAAGAAAAGAGCACCAUCAUCCGAGUCAUAUUCUCUCAUGCCUGGCUGUCCACUCCCUAUUGAAGUAUUCUUGAAACCGGGCCAGAUGCUCUACCUUCCUGCCAGCUGGUACCACGAGGUUACGUCUUCUUCGAUUCCGCCUCUUGGCACCCCGCCCAACCCUAGUGGCCAAGCAGAAGACUCGAGCAAGGUGCAUAUGGCGCUCAAUUACUGGUUCCAUCCUCCCGAUGCCCUUGAAUUCGAGCCGGUCGAGCCGACUGCUCGAGCUCGAUCGUCCAACGACAUCGUAGUCCCCGGUCUUGGCGUUGGUCUCGGCGAGAGCGCCAUCGAGCAUCGAGGCGCUGGUACUGGAACUCAUGAGAGGCCCUACCGCGAUGCCGAAGUUUGGGAUGAAGUCGCGCAUGCAGUUGCUCAGCAGAUCCAACUUGCACGGGAUGGUGCCUUAAAGUAA